AUGUUUCAAACACGUCCAAUGGUUGGUUCAUAUAGGGACACAAAUGAUACUCAUGGACAUGAUCGAUAUGAUUCUCCAUUUAAGAGUUUCCCGCCUGAGAAGGAUCCAUCAAUGAUAAUAAAUACAGGAAAUAAUAAUGGUAAUUCCACGCAACGAGCGCCAUACCCAGUAAGUGAAUAUAAUAUAUCGAUGGAUACAAUAAAUAAUGAAACUAAGAUACGACCUGAUAAUAAUAAUAAUAAUAAUAAUAAUAAUAAUAAUAAUAAUAAUGAAACGAUUACUACUACUAGGUUUAGUGGACGUGAUAUUAGUGAGUAUUCACCAAGAGCUCAAACAUUUUACAAAAUAUAUGAAGAGACAGUCAAUGAUGUUAAAAAUUUUACACCUGAAAUACAAAUGAAAUGGUGUGAAACUCUAUUAUCUGUAUCACAAGAUUAUGAUUUUAUUAGCCAUUAUACUAUAAAUGCAGAAAAAUUAAAACGCGAAUUAAAUUCAAUUGAAUUACAAAGAAAUCAGAAAAUUAUAAUUGAACAUGCAUUUAAAGUGUUAACCAAGUUAAUUAAAUUAAAAUGGUCAAAUGCAUAUUUUUUAAUGGGGUGUCUUUAUUCACAUCGAAUAACACAUUUUAAAUUAAAUAAUUAUGAUUUUAUUAAUCAAAAUGAUAAGAAAGCUUUGACAUAUUAUUGCGAAGCAGCAAAAUUAGGUCAUUCUGAGAGUUGUUAUAGAGCUGGAAUAUGUUAUGAAUUUAAUAAAGGUAUUGAGGUUGAAAUGAGUGAAGAAGAGCGUUUAAAAGAAGCGAUAUAUUAUUAUAAAUUAGGUGCAAUUAAAUUAAAUAAUUUCGAUUGUAUCUUUAAAUUAGGAAUGUAUUAUCUAAAUGGACAAAUAAUAUCAGAAGAUAAGAUUCCAUGUCAAAUUGGUAUUCGAUGGCUUGAAAAAGCAUUUAAUGAAGGUAAUUCAGUUCAAGCAUGUUAUGAAUUAGGUAAAAUAUAUGAAUUUGAUUCAUUAAAUGAAAUUUUACAAAAAAAAUUAAUGAAUGAAAAUAUUUCUAAAAAUUAUUUAAAAUCAUUAAAAUAUUAUUACAAGUGUGGAUAUGAUUACGAUUAUCCUUUAGCACAAUGGAGAUUAGGAACGUGUUAUGAAUUUGGUGAAUUAGGUUUACCAAUCGAUUGUAAAAAAUCUAUUGCAUGGUAUAUGAAGGCGUCAAGUUCAUCAACUACAACUACAAAGAAAAAAAAUGUCAACCCCGUUGCAAUGUUAUCAUUAGCAGGAUGGUUUUUCACGGGUUCACCUGGAAUAAUAUUACCAGAUUAUGAAUUAUCAUUUAAAUGGAUUAAAAAUAGUUGUGAAAUAUCACAAGGUAAAUUAUCAAGAUCUGAAUAUAUUUUAGGUUACUAUUAUCUUAAUGGUAUUGGCACGACAACUAAUUUGGAGUUAGCAAAAUUACAUAUGACAAAUGCAGCAAACUUAGGACACAAUAAAGCCAUUGAGUGGUUAUCACAAUUUUAA